CUCAAUAUCGAUCUUUCUUGGAACCAACUUAUUGGUGAAGUCCCUACAUCUAUUUCAAGUUUGGAGGGAAUCAAUUUUUCCUAUAAUAAUUUAGAAGGUGAGAUUCCAGCCAACGUAUGGCAUAAGUUUGGGACCGAAUCGUUCCGCAAAAACACCAAUUUACAUCCUCCCGUGGCAUCCAGGAUUACGGUUGAAAUUAUUUAUUAUCUAAUCUUUGUGUUUUUUAUAUUAUGUGGGAUCUAUUUCAUUUUUUUCACAAGGGGAAGGAAUGGUGCCUCUUCGGUCACACCCGAUCCCAAACAUGGAGACAUAUUCAAGAUUUGGAACUUCGAUGGCAACAUUGCCUAUCAAGACAUCAUUGACGCAACACAAGACUUUGACUUGAGAUGCUGCAUUGGAACUGGAGCAUACGGGAGCGUCUACAGAGUCCUACUGCCCACUGGAAGACUUGUUGCGGUUAAAAAACUUCACAGAUUUGAAGGUGAUAAUCCUACCUUCGACUCCUCUUUUAGGAAUGAAGCCGGGGUUCUCUCUCAGAUUCGCCAUCGCCAUAUUGUCAAGCUUUUUGGUUUUUGUCUGCACCAACGGAGCAUGUUUCUUAUCUACGACUACAUGGAAAGAGGAAGCCUCUUUAGCGUGUUGAAGUAUGAUGACGAAGCCGUGGAGCUAAACUGGUAGAAGAGGGUAAAUGUGGUGAAGGGCAUUGCAAAUGCCCUAUCUUACAUGCAUCACGAUUGCAGCCCUCCUAUUUUACACAGAGACAUUUCGAGCAGUAACAUACUCUUGGAUUCAGAGUUUGAAGGUUGUUUAUCUGAUUUUGGGACGGCUAGAUUGUUGGAUCCAGAUUCAUCCAAUCAAACAAUACUCGUGGGAACUCGGGGCUACAUUGCACCAGAGUUGGCUUUCACUAUGGUGGUUACAGAAAAAUGUGAUGUGUACAGCUUUGGAGUUUUGGCAUUGGAAGUCAUGUUCGGAGAUCAUCCGGGGGAUAUCAUUUCCUCCAUGAUGACGAUGAAGAGAUCCACUCAGUUUGCUCAAAACAUGAUGGUGCAACAACUCUUGGACAAGAGGCUACCAUCUCCAGAAGAAGAUGUGAGAUUGUCGAUGGAAGUGGUUGGAGUGGUGAAAACAGCAUUGAAAUGCAUCAGUUGCGAUCCAAAGCUGCGGCUGUAUAUGAAGGAGGUGUCUCAGGAGCUCGCUAAGCACCCACCGUGGUUGACAAUGCCAUUCCGCUCUGUAUCAGUGCUACAUCUCAUGCAUUCAGAUUGAACUCACAGCCCCUCUUCUAUAAUAAAUUUACAGAUGCUCAGUAGACAUAUGAAAAUGCUCUGUUUUCCUCUGUUUCCUUAGUCUUUUCCUUCUUCGUGAACAAUGCUG